GAGGCAGGUGGGGUGUUGGUGGUGUCACAGCGCUUCUGAUGGUGGUUUGUUUGUGAGAAGGGGUUUCUGGUAAUGAGGUCUCCUGAUGAGUGAAAUGAAAUUGUUCUCUUAUUCAACCAUAGCUGCAGCUCGUUCGUGCUAUUCGAAGCAUUCACUUUGCUUUCCUCUAAAAGAAGUAAUUGGAAGUUCAUCAGGCUGGAUCUCUUCAUCCUGUUUCUCCUCAGUGCUUGACACAUAGUUAUCCCCCCUCUCAGCUCCUGCUCCAGGCGGCUCCUCCGGGCAUGCUCCUUAAGCCAAAGUAUGGCCGCUUCCGCAACGAAUCUGUGACCUCCUCCGACGACCUGAUGCAGAGCUUAGCCAUGAGUGGCAAAGUUGUGGCCACACCGGUGGUCUCGUCCUCCGCCACGAGCCUUCCUGUGCCUCCCCUGCCUCCUCUGGAUCACGGUGCCAGAUCGUCCUCCUCUGCUGGGGCUGCAGCCCUGGCCGACUCCCCUUGCCUGGAUGGGGAACAGGAUGCCACCACAACCUUCUGCAUGCUCAUCCCCAAGAUGCCCCAAUGGAAGUUCUCCAACUCCCUGCUCAGCCGGAGCCCGUCCAACUCCAGCUCCAGCUCCAACUCUAGCAAGGACUCAGGGAAGGCAGCAGCAGCUCCUUCCCAGGCCUCUGCCUCACAUACCACAUCCUCACACAGGCACAGUGUUGCGACCUCAGCCAGUGGCCCUGUGGCCAGUCUCGCAGCGGUGCUUAACUCCUGUGACCCUGUGUGUGUCACCCCCUGUUCCUUGCAGGCCAUCCGAGGGCAGAGAGCAGUUGCAGCGGCAAACUCGACCAGUCCAGGGGGCCACGUAUUUGGGGCCACAGAGGCCAUGGCGAGCCCUGGGGGUUCUAGCAGCUCCAGGUCAGGAAUGAACCGCAGGACAAGGGUGGAGGGCAUGUGGCUGGGGGGAGAGGACUUCACCCAGAAGGGAAGCUUCAUCCACAAACCCUCUCAAGGCUGGCUGCACCCUGACAAGAAGAUUGCAGGACCAGGGGCCUCUUAUAUUGUCAGGUACAUGGGCUGCAUUGAAGUAUUGAAGUCAAUGCGCUCCCUGGACUUCAACACGCGGACUCAGGUGACGAGGGAAGCCAUCAACAGGCUGUGUGAUGCAGUGCCAGGUGGAAAGGGCGCUUGGAGGAAGAAGGUCCAGAACAAAGCUCUCCAGUCUGUAAUGGGGAAGAGUAACCUACGAUUUGCAGGCAUGAGUAUUGCAGUCAAUAUUUCCAUAGAUGGCCUCGGUCUGCUCAUCCCUACCACAAGACAGGUGAUAGCACACCAUCCCAUGCAGUCCAUCUCCUUUGCCUCUGGGGGAGACACAGACACGCCUGAUUAUGUUGCAUAUGUGGCCAAAGACCCAGUGAAUCAGAGAGCAUGUCACAUCCUGGAGUGCUCAGACGGUUUAGCCCAGAGUGUCAUCAGCACCAUCGGCCAAGCCUUCGAGCUGCAGUUCAAACAGUACCUGCACAGUCCUCCCAAAACCAUGACAUCUAUGGACAGGUCUAUACGGAUGGAGGAGCCGAUGUGGGGGGAGGACGAGGACUUCUCUGAGCAUGAUUACUACAACAGCAUCCCAGGGAAGGAGCCUCCUGUUGGGGGAGUGGUGGACUCCCGCCUCAGGCCCAGUGGAGCCCUGCUGGGUCACAUCCACACACAACCACAGAGCAAAGGAGCAGCACAGAUGGGCUCACCAGCGAGGAGGGAGCAAGCAUCUUAUCCCCCUGGUCAGCUGUGCUAUGAGCUGCACUGGGACACUGAGACGACCAGCAGCUCAGGUCUAACAUCAGACGGUUACCUGUGUGCUGACGGCCAGCCACCAGGCAGCAGAGAUUAUGAGGAGCAUCAGUAUGUUAACACCCAGAGUCUGGAAAACCUGGAUUCAUUUGCACAGGGGCCCAAUGGACACAGAGGGCCCAGGCCACCUGACAGUCCCAAAAAGGACCUCUUUGACAUGAGGCCCUUUGAGGAUGCCCUGAAGCUCCACGAGGCCUGUGGAGGAGCUGCAGCUGGAGGAGGAGGUGUCCGGGUCCUGGAAGACCAGUGGCCCAGCCCUCCACGCCGUCGAGCCCCCGUGGCUCCAAACGAGGAUCAGCUCCGCAGAGAGCCGUGGUACCACAGCCGCAUGAGCAGACGAGACGCAGAAAAGCUCCUGGUCCGAGAUGGAGAUUUCCUGGUUCGGGAGAGCACCACCAACCCGGGACAGUAUGUGCUGACCGGCAUGCACUGUGGCCUGCCCAAACACCUACUGCUGGUGGACCCAGAGGGAGUGGUACGAACCAAAGACAUGUUAUUUGAGAGCAUAAGCCACCUUAUCGCAUACCACCUUAAGAACGAGCUGCCUAUUGUGGCAGCAGAAAGCGAGCUCCACCUCAAACAGGUGGUCAGGAGGAAACAGUGAGCCAUCUGGCCCUGCAUGGGACGCUGGAUUCUUGCACCCCCAUGCAGACACCACAGGAGAAAAACAAACCUGGAAAUCAUUUAUCCUGGAUGGAUUUUUAUCUGGAACAAAGGACAUCACUGACUUCAUCUUUCCAUGAACAAUAAGGAGAGUGAGGCAUCUGACAUCUCCUCGUACUUUCUCUGCCUUUUGCCGACCAGGAUCAACCAAACUAUCCCUCACCUGUCAUGAACUCCUUAGCAUGCAGCUAUUAAGCUAAUGAACCAACCAGAGUCCACCGUCUGACUAAUUUCAGAUGACAAAAAUUAAAAUGACGAGGACAUGACGUCGGGGAUCAAAUAAGGAUCUGAUGCACAGAGAAGUCCCACAAUGCCUGUAACAGUGAAGUGCUUCCAGUUCCCGACCAGGUCAUCCACCGAACAAAUAACGGACAUCACCAGAAUGAAAACUGUCACGUGGUACGGACACUAUUCACAAAACAAAAGAUGUCAGGUUGAUCAGUAGUUCAUUUCUGUAUCAGUGCAAGAAAUGAAAACACUGUGACUUUUGACAAUUUAAGAAAUGUCUGUUUCAUCGGAAUGUAAAGACUGUUUGUUCUUACGUGUUCACGGGUCUGCAGUACCUGACUCUGAGAUGGCACAAUGGAAACACACUGAGCAUGCGUCAGUGCUGGGUUUAUGAAAUAGCCACACAUUCUUCUGCAUUUUUGUUGUUGUUUCUCCAUGAUAAUCAAGGCACCAAAUCCCACUUUUGCAUUCAUACUAUCUGCAUAUAGACAGUGAAGUGGACAUUGCCUUAGAAGUUUUAUCACAUUUACCAUGAGUAUAAUUUGCAUUGUGUUUGUAAGGGCUGCUCAUAAUUUGUUGUGUUGUACAAGCCUGUGAACAUUACUGGUCAGACAUCAUGGGUUAAAAACUCUUCAUACAAACUCAGUAUAUCCAUGCCUAUAUUUCCACAUCUCCAACUUCAGUGCCUUAAUGACUACAGAGACAGGCAUUUGUGUCAGAGUGUAUAUAAUGUGCAUUUAUGCCCCCUCUUGCCAUGCCAAUGAAUGACUGAACAAACUUCAGGAUGAUUAAGCUCUUAUACUUGUGAACAGUCAUGUAAGCUGCUCUUGUUUUGGGGUAAAUGUUUAAUACUGUCCAACUGUGUCAUGACUGUUAUCGUCUCUACGUGUGACCCUCAUAACGAUCCCCUCAGUGAAUUUCGUAGAAGCCACAGACGGCGCUCCUCUACAGUGAUUGAUAUAAAAGAAAGGGGAUUAUUUGGACUUGAAGUUAAAUCAUUUAUUUGUCCCGGCUCAGGGAGAUACAUCACUUACGUUUGUGUCUUUACACGUCAGAGACUUGCUCAUUUGUUUCUGCUCCUUGGCCCCAUUGAUACUUUUAAAUCUUACUAGAGGUAGGUCGUGUGCGUUUUCAUUUCUCUCUGUGUUAUUAGCAACAUAUCUUUAAUCAGGCCCUCCACUGUUCUUGGCUGCAGCCUCAUGAAUGCACAGAGAGACGAGGCGAGCUAUGAGGCUUUCGGUGAGGUCCAAAUGUGAUUAUUUCCGAUCUCCCCUUUUGCUUUCUCAGGAAUUUCUCGGAUCUGUUCUCCUUUGAUUAACUUUAAUGGCUUUUUGUCAAUAAAACUAAUUGAAACGAGGGUACAAUUCAAA